AUGAGCUCUGAGUUAUUCCCUAAAACCGAAAAAGUAUCAAUUAACACUGCUAAAGAACACCAGCAAAAGGAACAAACAACUUUUCAACAAUGCUUUUUGCUCUACAUCUUGAACAAACACGCGAAAAUCACUAUUAAACGCCCAAAGAAAUAUUCAUCGCGCACUUCAACGAUUCCAAUUCUGAGUUUCUUGGAGACUCAAGCUUCAAGAGUCGACGUCCUCAAUUUCGCGAUCAAAAGAUGUGAGGCAAUCAAAAACGAAGAAAUGGUGAAAGGAAUUCCACUGCAAACAAUUAAAAGACGAUUUAAUAAGAACAUGAGUGCUUUUAUUAGGAACUUUGUGUUUGAUUCGUGCCUUGAAUUUGGGUAUUUUUUCAAUUCAAAACUUUCGAAAAACUCAAUGAAGUCCAUACAGUCCGAGAAGAUUAGGAGCGUUUUUUAUGAUGGAAAAUUUGUGACUGAUAAAAAAGGAAUUUUGGAGUUGGGCAAAGUCAUACACCAGAAAUUGAUGAGCGUGUUAAAAGACAGAAGGGUUGUUACGUUUGAAAUUGGGGAAUUAGUAGCCGGACUUGCGAAUGACACGACUCAGUGUAAAAAUACAAUUACAUUUAUAGAGUAA